UUAGAAUUUGGUCAACGAAAAAAACUGUUGCUACGUGAGAUUUAUAUGAUCGAUUAGAAGUUCCACACGGCUUAAGUUGUUACAAGUUACUGAUAUAUGUACGACACGUGACAUCCCGGGCAACUUUUAGAAAAAAAAACACUUUAUUUUGGACUUGAGUUGGCUAUGCAUAUUCAUGUCAUGAGGCCAGCAUCUCUCUCCAUUGUUUACAGGUGGUUAAAGUCAACAACCCUCAUCGAAUAUUUACAAUACAGAAGUUAUCACCAAACCAAAGAAAGGAUAGGCGGGUGCUAGACAGGCCGCCGUGCCGCUUUGUGAACAACGACUCCAUUAGGGCGGAGAGACGGUUUAACCUUUGGUGAGAGGGUAGAUACGCAGGACCACGACGGUUACCACAGCCACAAAGUAGAACAUAUUUAAAUUUCACGAAAACAAAAAUGAAUUCAUCCUCGUGGCAAUAUUGGGAAAAAAACUAAAACAAUAACUUACAAACAUUAUUUUUCUUUGCUGAUUGUAAUAAUUUUGGAAAGGAAUGAAUGGAUGAAAUAUGACCCACUGAAAGAAUAAACCAAGGACAAGGUUCCCGCCCACCAGCCUAAAGCAAGGGAGAGAGAAAGGGAAGGGGGAGAAUGGUGCAGAUCGCUUAGCAACGUGGACGCUUGGUCCUCAACCGGAUACGAGCACAGGAUUUCAGUCGAAAAGCUGAAGGAUUUUACAACAUCUAGCUAAAACAGUAUCUCAAAAUUUGAGCGAUGGAGAGAAUAUGUCUUGACAAGACUGCAUCUAAGGCAGUGGACGACUAUCUGGAGUACAGGAGGAUCGUGGGUGAAGACGAUGGCGGCAGACUAUUCUCCCCAGAGGAAUAUGAAGAAUACAAGAGAGCAGUGUUUCCCCAGAGACUACACAACAGGCUGUAUGUGAGCUUUGGAGUGCCAGGGGGAAUAGACUGUAAACUCAUCGGCCCAGAGACACCUUGCUUCUGCACACACAGGUACAAACAGCAUCAGACAGACUUUGAGGAGGUUCCUUCGGAGCGCCCGAUAGCACUACCAUGCCGAGUUCAAGGGUGUCAGUGUUUGGCCUUUCAGUACGUGCACCUGAACGGGUCGCAGCCUGUACGUUGCAGGUGCAAACACUCUGCCUACGACCACAGUGAGACCUCAGAACACCUCUGUGGGAAAUGCUCAUCCUGCUCUGGGUUCCGGAGCCCCUACAGCUGUGGGUGUGGCCAGCCUAGCUUCGCCCACCAGACGCUGGUGGAGACGAAGGCAGAACGGGAGGCCCGGGGUUGUCCGGUGGGCAGAGACGUUCCAUACGCAGCCAUGGGGGGUCUGACAGGGUUCAGCUCCCUGGCUGACGGGUACCUGAGACUGGACGAUAGCGGGGCAGGUGCCCCUCACCUGUCUGUUCUGUCGUCUCAACAACCAAGAGCUUUCCAGGAGCAUGUGUUUGAGAAAGCCUCAGGACCAGCAGCAGCCUCCGGACAUACAGAGGAGAGUUCAGUGAUGUCCGUGACCAGGGCUCUGUCUGACCUCAGCACCAGAGAGGAAGAAGACAUGGCGUACUUGGAGAGACGCUACCAGGACAGGAUGAAGGCUGAGAAAAUGGCAGUCAAACAGAAGGCAUCAUCAUCAAGAGGAAGACCAUCCACCAAACCAGCCAGCCUACCAUCCACCAAACCAACCACCUCCCUAUGCAGUAAGCAACCUACCAAACAGCCUACCAAAUAAUUGACCAAACUGGAGAAGAGGACGAACACACUUAGUUUAAUGAGGUAUUCCACUCCACACAGAUAAUGAUAUAAUUGCACUAUGGAUAAUAGAUCAUCAAACAGUCUCACCUGGGGAAAUGAUCAUUAGAUCAUAAACAUCAAGGCUUUUGUGAUGUUUCCAAGAUCAAUUGACAAUAAAUGUUCAAAUCCA